AAUACUUCUCUCCUCUCUUGUGUUUUCUCAUAUAUAUAACACUAUUCUUCUUCCUUCUUUCAUACUCAAAUAUUUUCAAUUCAUUUGUGAUCACUAUAUAUUUCCAAAAAAAAAAAAAAAAAAAAAGCAAUGGAGUUGACAAGUGUUCUAAAGUUUCUUGAAAAUAGAACCAUUCUUGUUACUGGUGCUACUGGCUUUUUGGCAAAGAUUUUUGUGGAGAAGAUAUUAAGAGUUCAACCAAAUGUGAAGAAACUUUAUCUUCUUCUUAGAGCUGCAGAUGACAAGUCAGCCAUGCAACGUUUCAAUACAGAGGUAGUGGGAAAGGACUUAUUCAAAGUUCUAAGAGAAAAAUGUGGGGCAAAUUUUACUACAUUUAUUUCACAAAGGACCACAAUUGUACCUGGUGACAUAACUUGUGAGAAUUUAGGUGUGAAUGACACAAAUUUGUUGGAAGAAAUUUGGAAAGAAGUAGAUAUUGUUGUUAAUCUAGCUGCAACUACCAAUUUUGAUGAAAGAUAUGAUGUGGCAUUGGGAAUCAAUACAUUUGGAGCUAGACAUGUCCUCAACUUUGCCAAGAAGUGUAAUAAAUUAAAAGUUCUUCUUCAUGUGUCAACUGCUUAUGUAUGUGGUGAAAAGGAAGGAUUGAUGUUGGAAAAACCAUAUUAUAUGGGUGAAACCCUAAAUGGAACAUUAGGGUUAGAUAUUGAAGUUGAAAAAAAAGUGAUGGAUGAAAAAUUAAAACAACUCAAAGCUGAAAAUGCUUCUGAAAAAUCAAUUACAACAACAAUGAAGGAGCUUGGCCUCGAAAGGGCAAGGAAAUAUGGAUGGCCAAAUACAUAUGUAUUCACAAAGGCAAUGGGAGAAAUGCUUUUGGGAAAAUUGAAAGAAGAAAUACCUCUUGUUAUUAAUCGUCCUACGAUCAUAACUAGCACUUUUAAAGAACCUUUUCCUGGUUGGGUCGAAGGUAUCAGAACUAUUGAUAGUUUGGCUGUUGGAUAUGGUAAAGGAAGAAUAACUUGCUUCCUUGGAAAUCCUAAAACCAUAUUGGAUGUGAUUCCAGCAGACAUGGUGGUGAACUCAAUGAUAGUAUCCAUGAUGGCUCAUGCUGAUCAAAGGGGGAGUGAAACCAUAUACCAAAUUGGAUCCUCAGUCUCAAACCCAUUGGAUAUCACUAAUCUUAGAGAUUAUGGAUUUAAUUACUUCACAAAAAAUCCAUGGAUUAACAAAGUGAAUGGAAAACCUAUUAUUGUUGGCAAGGUUAAUGUUUUGAGUAGCAUGGAUAGUUUUCAAAGAUACAUGGCCCUUCAUUACUUGCUUCCUUUGAAGGGAUUGGAAAUAGUAAAUGCAGCAUUUUGUCAAUAUUUUCAAGGCAAAUAUUUGGAGCUUUAUAGGAAAAUCAAGUUUGUUAUGAGAUUGAUUGACCUUUAUGGACCCUACUUAUUCUUCAAGACAGUAUUCGACGAUCUAAAUACAGAAAAAUUACGUACGAACUCUAAAGAGAGUGGAAUCGAAACAGAUAUUUUCUAUUUUGAUCCCAAGGCUAUCAAUUGGGAAGAUUAUUUCAUGAAAAUUCAUCUUCCUGGAGUUGUAAGAUACGUAUUUAAAUGAUUAUAAAUUAUUAAUACUGAAAUUUGAUCAGUAUAUUGUUAGGGAGAUUUAAAUUUUAAAGUUUAUACCAUUUUAAAUUGUAACAAAAUGUAAUUUUGCUUGUUAUGAAUUUCAUUCAGUGUAUCCAUUUUCAAUUUGUUGUAUUGUUAUAUCCCUAUUUGUUCUUUUAAAAAUAAGAUUUUAUAGUAUUCAUUGUUGAAAUAAUUUCUUAUUACAUUUGGCUUGAGUUGAAA